AGUUUGUCCCUUCCGGUGAUCCGUUCUGGCGUUUGCCUGCAGCAAGAUGGCGGCGGUCUCAAUGUCAGUGGCGCUGAGGCAAAUGUUGUGGGGGAAAAGGGCAGUGGCUGUAGCGGCCAUUUCCGCUUCCAGGGUUCCUACCAGGUCAUUAAGCACUUCCACAUGGAGGCUGGCACAGGACCCAGCUCGAGACGCACAGCUCAUAACAGUUGAUGAAAAAUUGGAUAUCACUACUUUAACUGGUGUUCCAGUAGAGCAUAUCAAAACUAGAAAAGUCAGGAUCUUUGUUCCUGCUCGCAAUAACAUGCAGUCUGGAGUAAACAACACAAAGAAAUGGAAGAUGGAGUUUGAUACCAGGGAGCGAUGGGAAAAUCCUUUGAUGGGUUGGGCAUCAACGGCUGAUCCCUUGUCCAACAUGGUUCUGACCUUCAGUACUAAAGAAGAUGCAGCUGCCUUUGCAGAAAAAAAUGGGUGGAGCUAUGACAUUGAAGAGAAGAAGGUUCCAAAACCCAAGUCCAAGUCUUACGGUGCAAAUUUUUCUUGGAACAAAAGAACAAGAGUAUCCACAAAAUAGGUUGGCACUGACUAUAUUUCUGUGCUUGACUGUGAAUAAAGUCAGCUGUGCAGUAUUUAUAGUCCAUGUAUAAUACAUUUCUUAAUCUCCUAAUAAAUUCGACCUUUAAUCACA